CACGCGAGCGCCCCUGACGCGGGGCGGAGACGCCGGCCGGCUGGAGCCUGUCGGUGGGAGCGGCUCGUGCUGGCGUAUGUAUCCGAACCGCACUGUUGGGCGCAGCGCACCACGUCGCCGCGGACCCAGACGACGACGCCGCUACCCGGAUCCGGACGCAACGACCUGGGCGGCUGGGCGCGCCUUGUAGUGACAGUAGGAGGAGGUGGAGGAGUAGCCGCUAGCCGUCUAGCAGAGGCCGUAUAAAUCCAGAUCCCAAAUCGCGUCCGCAUCAAAAACCUCUCCUCCCCGAAAGCGCACACCACAGGCAGCAGGUAGAGACAGAUCCGUCCGCGCGCCCACCUCCUCGCCGAUCGGGGGUCCGCCGCGCCCAGAUCGCCUCGGUGCGGAGGUGGCCGAGGGGAGGAGCAGCCUCCCGGAUCCGCCUCGCCGUCAGCUGAUCGGGGCGUGAUCCGCGGGGGGAAGCGGCAAUGACGGCCGAGGGGACGGCGUGCAACGGCGCCGGCGAGGCGCCCAGGGCGGAAUUCCCGCAGGGGAAGGCGGUGCUCGCGCCGUCGGAGGAGAAGGCGGCCGCGGAGCGCGAGGGCGAGGACGUCGGCGGGCCGUUCGUGAUCGUGAACGGCGGCGACUCCGACGGCCACUCCGACCGCGGCUCAGAUCUGGGCAGGGCGCCCGACGAGGACUCGCCCUCCGAGGACGACGACGUGCCCGCCUCCAAUGCGGCUCCGGACGCACCCGCCGGCGGGGAUCACGGGGCCGCCGGCGGGGAAGCGAGCGCUUCGGGUGCAGCGCUGAUUGCUUCGUCGGCUGACGGGGCUGAUCGUGCUGCCGACAGGGCCGAGGGUGGCACGGAUGAAGGCAGAGGUGAGCCGAGUUCAGAUUUUGUUACUCAAGUGCCGCGGCAGGAGGCUGCCGGGGAAGAUCAUGGCGGGGCAGCCGCCUCGGCGUCCAGUGGGAGCGACCCUGCCGUCACUGGUGCUGAUUCUGAGGCGCCUGCUGUGGAUUCCGAGGUUGAAGGCAAGGAGGAAACAGUGGAUAUAAGUGCUGCUACAGAUGUCGCUGAAUCAGUGGUGCACGAGGUAGCUAGCAAAGAGCAGGAUGGAGAGGAUGCUGCUGCAGAGUCCUGUGGGCACGAUGAUGCACAAACAUCUUCCAAAUCUGGUUCUGCUAUUGUGGAAUCCGAGGUUAAUGGAGAGAAUAGCAAAGAAGAACAGAGUCCUGCUGAUGCUGCCGAGCCAGUAGUGCAGGGUACAGGUGGACAUAUUGCUUUGGUGGAAAAUGAGCAUCUUUGUGCCGACAUGAGGGCUGAUUCGUUUGAAGCUGCAAUUGAGUCUGAGAGUCAAGAGGAUGCUGCUGUGGAAUCACUUGGGCAUGAUGGAGCCCCACUGCCUGCCGAGUCCUGUUCCGCUGCAAUGGAGUCGGAGGCCAAUGGGGAGGAUAGCAAAGAAGAACAGAACGCUGCUGAUGUUGUUGUGCCGGUGGAUGAGGGUACAGAUGAUGCAUGUGCUUUGAUGGCUAAUGGGCAUGUUUGUGCUGACAUGAGGUCUGAUUCAUUUGAAGCUUCAACUGAGCCUGAGAGUCAUGCUAAUGAGAGCAAACCAGAACAGAAUGCCACUGAAAUUGCAGAAUCAGCAGAGGGGAGUGCUGUCUGUGAGGAUGGCACGGACACAUCGCAGACCAAUGGUCAUAUUUGUGUUGCAUUAAGUUCUGACUCUUGUAUAGUUGCUUCUGAGUCCGAGGUUCGUGCCAUUGAGAAGGAAGGGCAAGAAACUAAUCAGCAAGUGGAGGGAGCUCAACCAACUAAGGAUGAAGUAUUGGAAGGACUGCUAGAAGCAGCUGACAGAAACUGUGAAGGUAGUGUUGAGGAACUCAUAGAAGAGGAAGUCAAUGCAGAUGGACAUAGCAAUGCAGAAGGUGGUGCUGAUGCGUCUAGGGAGUCGGAAAACGUGGACAAGCAGGUACAAGGUGAAGCCACAUGUGGUAUUCUUCAAUUAGAAGAGAAACUGUCCUCUAAUGAGGGAGUAGAGCUUCCUGUGGGGAAAGCAACAAAUGAAGCUGUCCACGAUAUGUGUGAGCUGGAGGAAGUAAUUGAGAAUAAAAGCCAAGAGACCGUGCAGGGUGAGGUCAAGGAUGGGGUUUCUAUUUGCACACUUCAUUCUUUGAAACUAGAAGAAUUAGAUCCUUCUGUUAAAUCAAGCCUGGAACAUAAUAUCCAGGCAGAAGUUGCUACUAUUGAUGAGUCAGAUUUGAGAGCUGAAUAUUUGGUGGAAGUGGAAACAGCAGCUCGUGAAGUUGAGGAAAUUGAGGUCAAAGAUGAGGCAGAUCUAGCUCCUUUCUUAUCUCAGCAGAAUUGUGAAUCUUCAACAGAAACUGUAGAGCAUGAGAAGAUUGAAGCAGCAACUUCUGGGCAGCCUAAUGUAAUUGAGAAUGAUGUAGCAGAAGUAGAACCAAAGAAAGAGCAUGAGAGGGAGGUUGUUGAUGCUGUUCCAUUGCAGGAAGCCUUGACUUUUCACAAUGAGCAAAGUUCCAUUGAUUUGGUUGGCAGUGAUAGCAUCAAUCAUUCUAGCCCGGUAACUGAGCUGGAAUCUUGUGACCUUGUGCACACUGAAGAGUGCAGAUCCAGAGAAAUAUCGGAGACCGCUGUUGACAAACUUGUAUCUGGUGUUUCUUUGGAACAUGAAACUAUGGUGGGCCAUGAAGCUGAAAUGACUCCCGAAGAAAAUGGAUCUCAAGAAGAACCUAGUGAUGCUGCUAUUGAUCAUGGUGAACCUGCCGAAUUGAGAGGUGAACUUGAGGUUGAUGAUGCUCAACUUGGUUCAACUACAGGGUAUGAUUCUAUUGCGUCUGAUACAGCUGGAAGUAUUUCCGAAAAGGACGAAUUGAGUGAGACUGUCGGAGGUAGCAAAUCACAGGAAAACCAGUCGGAAAUUUUUAACACAUCUACUACGUCUGAUGAGCGUUCUGCCACAAUUGGAAAUGAAGUCCCCUCACCAAUUAACGAGGAAGAUGAGACAUGCAAUGGUACCUGUCCUGAAAAUGUAAAUGUGUCUAUUAAAUGUUCUGAAGAGGUCGAAACCAAAUGCUUGGAAGCAUUAGAGCCUUCAUCUACCGACACGGCUGUUCUAGAUAAGGACAAUGACCAACAUGCUCCUAGUGGGCUGCAUGGAGAUCAUGCACAGUUCAUUGGGCCACAGUGGGUCUACAUGAUGAAAAUCCCAAGAUUUGCGAGUGAAGAUAUCUGGGCUAAGCUGCAAGCUGCACAGGCCCACUUAGAUCGACUUACCCAGGAGAGAGAUGCAAUUAAUUGUCUUAAGCAAAAUCAAAAGGCUGUAUGUGAUGAAUACAGGGGGAAGCUAGAGGCAGCACGGCGAGAAGAGAGGGAAGCUAGGGCUGCACAUGGGGUUAAGAAGAAUGAUUUAAAUAGUGUACGCUCAGUGAUAGGGAAAUUGCACCAAGCAAAGUCCAUAGAAGAAAUUGAUGAGCUGAUUGUGAUGAAAGAGAGGACUAUGCAACAUGAGACCAUUUCUUUGACCGCAGAAAAGAAAUUACUUAAAGAGAUUAAUGACCUAAAAGCCCAACGAAAGCAGUUGUCCUCCAAUAUGGGCUCAAAGGCUGAACUCAGUGAGGCAUUCGACCAAAAAGAUCAUAUUCAUGAACGGCACAAGGCACUAAAAAAGGAUUCAGAUGUCUUAUUCACCAACCUGAAAUCACUAGAGGAGAACACAAGAAAGAUUCUUAAAUCCUUUGAAGAUGAGAGAAUAGAAUUGAGGAAAUUAAAUGAGGAAUUCCAAGCAGCUAAUGAAUUACGUCAAAAGGCCUACAGUGAGUGGUCUGAGCUUAAAGCGGAGCCCCAUAAUAAGAAUCAGUACUUUUUCAGGUACAGGGAAGACCGGAAGGCAGCAGAGGUUUACAAAACUUCUGGUGAUAUAUAUGGACUUCAGUCAUACUGUAAUGAACAGAUUGAGAGAGUUAUGAAAAUGUGGAAUGAAAAUGAGGACUUCCGCAAGCAGUAUGUUGAAGCAAACAAGUUUAGCACACUAAGGAGAUUAGGGACCCUUGAGGGCCGAAGACUUGGACCUGAUGAAGAUCCUCCAGUCAUUCCAACCAGGAGACCAAUGAAUGCAUCUUCAUUAACUGCCUCAAGACCAGACGUGCCCACUUUAACUUCAAUACCACCACCUGUAUUGGCUGCUCCAGCUCCAGUCUCGGCUAAAGACUCCUUUCCUGUUUUGCCAUCCCCCCAGAACAGUAAGCGCGCCAAAUCAAAAGCAUCUGGUAGCUCCGCGCAGAAUGAGAACAAUGCUGUUUCGACAUCUGAGGCAGAAGAUAUUAAACAAACUGAAAAGGAAAAGGCUCGUCUAAUAGAGGAACAAUUGGAGUUAGCUAGGAAGGCAGAGGAGUUGGCCCGUAAGGAGGAGGAAUUAAGAAAAGAGAGGGCCGCAGCUGAAAAGGAGCGGCUCCGGUUGGAGCAGAAGGCAAAGGCUAAGGAGGCCGAGGAGCGGAAGAGGCGUAAAGCAGAGAAGGAGAAGGAAAGAGCUGAAUUCAAAGCACGGAAGGAAGCUGAGGAGAGGGAGAAGAAGAAAGCCAAGAAAGAUAAGAAGAAAGGCACAACGCCAGCAGACUCCAGUGCUAUUGGCGACAGCAAUGCUGCAGCGAUGGCUACAGCGGAUACUGACAGCAAUGCUUCAGACAACCCAAGGGAAGUUGAGGCUCCUCAAGCAACAGCCCCCAAGAGGCUAUCUAGACCAGCAGCUGCCAUCAAGCAGCUGAACAGGGUGCAGCCCAUGCCAGCGCCCCUGCGUAACAGGGGCAGGAGGAAAAUGCGGCAGUACCUCCUUAUCGCAAUGGCAGUGCUAUCGGUUCUCGCGUUGUUUGUGGCUGGCAACUACAUUCCCAAGUUGAAGUCGCUUCACCAGUAAGCUUAUCGGCACUCUCUAUGGGACGCUGAGUCCAUAGGGACGAGAGGUGGUUUCUUCUGAUAGUAAAGGGACGGCAGGGCGAGUCCACAGAGGGGACGAGGUGGAUUCUGAUAGAGCGGGACAGCAAUUCUGCCGUGGUGAACUUGUUCUACCUAGAAUCCUAGAUGGUGCUUCUUGGAUUCCGACUGUUCGGGUUGAUUUGUAUUUAUUUCCCAUAUAUAGGUUGUGAAAGUUGGGGGUGCAUUGUGUUAAAAGUUAUUGGAUGGUGGUGAAAUAUUCGUUAGAACAUGGUAAUUAAUAAUAACUAUAGAUUCUUUUUUGUACAUA